UGAGGUUUCAAUAAAAUUCAUAAAUAAGAAAAUAUCUGAAAUGUUGAUUCGGAGAGUUUCAAAAAUCAUGGUUAUAUUGACAAUAUUGAAUUAUGUUUCUGCAUCCAAAUCCAAAUGUAUUGGAAAGAAAUACAACAUUCGUCCGAAAGAGGACAACUUGAAAAUUAUGAAAAGGAACAUCAGCAAUCUGGAUUAUAUCAACUUUGCAAGGCAACCAACGGGAGGGCUGUUAGAAAAUACCGGUGAAACAAUUCGAAUAACAUCGACAUACAAGUCGAAGUACAGGCCAUAUAUUCAAAAGGGACCACUCGGCGAUGAAAAAUACAAAUUUGAGUUUUGUUAUUUCCACUGGCUCGAUAAGGAAUGGGCAAAAGAAGCCGGCCUUUUGCCCUUUGAACUUCAUACAGUAUUCUCAAAUACCCGAUUUGGAAACUAUGAAGAGGCUGCGAGAAGGAAUUUUGGAAUUGUUAUAUUGGUUAUGAAACAUGCGCCCACGGAGCCGAAAUAUUCCAAUGGCUAUUAUGAACAUUUAAUGGACGUUCAAAAUCCCAAUGAUGCCUACGAAUUAGAAGAAGAAGAGGCAUUUGCCCUAUUCACAAUAUUGGAAUUGGGCAAUGUGUUCAGUGUGUACAUUGGCAAAUCGACGGUGCCAAAUACCGUUUCAUGCAAUGCCGAUGUCAUAUGGAUAGACUAUGACAUGGUUGUUCUAAUUAUGUCCCACGAGGUAAAAUAUUUCAAAGAUCUGAUGGCGGUUGGAGACAGGCCAAUGAUGAACAUCACAAUUCCGACAACGGCACCGACAUCUCCCAUCUAUCAUUCCGUGUAACUUUUAGAUUAUGAAAGAAAUGGUUGGAUUCUUGAGCCAUUCGAAGGUUUGGGAAUUGCAUUUGAUUUUGGACGAAGUUUGAAAAAUGUCAAGUGGUUAAUAAUGCUUGUUGUAGUUGUAUUUUUGUUGUCUCAAUUAAAUUAAUAUUAGAAAAAAAUUAAAAAAAAAAAACAAGUAAAAAAGCUGUAAGUUCGAACUUUGAAUACCCUCCACCAUUUGGUACAAAUUUGACAA